AUGUUCAAAUCUGUAUUUAACUCUUUCAAAUUGGGAGUUCAAUCGAUCCCCAGAACUUCUGCAUCUGUGGCAUCGGUAAAUUUGUCAUACCUUCGCAAUCAAAUACCCAACCAAUUCAAGACUCAGUCCCCAAUAUCCACAAUCUUGAAUCAGAAGAGAUUCGCCAGUUUGAACCAAAUUAGAUAUGGGAAACACGGAAAACCAAAUAAGCCAUACGCAUCAAAGGCCCCAGAUUUGGAUACAUCCCCAUUCAAAAAGGGAGUCGUGUUGAGAGUUAUGAUCGUCAAGCCUAAGAAGCCUAACUCGGCUCAGAGAAAAUGCUGUAGAGUGAGAUUGAGUAACGGGAAUGUAGUCUCUUGCUUGAUUCCAGGUGAAGGACACAAUUUACAAGAACAUCAUGUUGUGUUGGUCAGAGGUGGAAGAGUACAAGAUUUACCAGGUGUAAAGUACCAUUUGGUGAGAGGUGCUCAUGAUUUAGCAGGUGUCGCCAAUAGAAGUACUUCCAGAUCCAAGUAUGGUGUGAAGAAGCCACAAGCUAGUUAG